UAGAUCGGGGAAAUCUAAAGGAUUUGUUCCCGCCUCAACCUCCUCAAAAAUAAACCCUAAUUCUCUCUACUCACACGCCUGUGUGAGUUUCUUCUUCUUCCGAUUUAAACCAAGAUUUCCCAGUCAACGACGGAUGUUAUCAGUCUAUUGAUGACUGGAGAAAGCUGCAGCUUAGUAGUGCCCAAGGAAACACGUCUUGCAUUGUGUGAUAUGACUAAUCUUCCUAGCAAGAGAGGGCUUUCGUCGCUUCUUGGUGAGUUGCUUCUGAAAUCUGGAGAUGAUUCUGGUAAGACCCUUGUUGCCCGCGAAGGCUCCGGGGUUAAGUUUUCCAAGAGGUUGUGUUUAGUUGUAGACGACUUGGUCAAGGAGAGUACUAGGACUAGUGAUACAGUUGAAGGUUCUUCUUCUGAUGAUAAUAAGAUUAGUUUUGCUGGGGAUUCUGAAAACUUCGAUGUAAAAGAAUCCCAGGGUGAGACCAAUGCGGUUGAUAUGGCUGUUGAACCUUCGAAAGGUGUUAAUGAUAGUGAUGCUGUUAAGGACAUGUCUGAGAAGGACUCGGACAUGACUGUUUGUGCCAGUCAAACUGAUGCUGUUACUGGUGAAGACUUAGCCAUGACUGUGUUUAGUAGCAGCAGCAAUAACCAAGAGGCGGGUUUGUUGUUUUCUAAUUCUCAGACUAUCAAAUCGUUUAGUAUGAACAGAUGUUCGAAUGUUGACGGUAUGGGGAUUGUUUGUCAUAAUAUGGAAGCUGACGACGAGCUUAAAUCUUGCUCUUGUUCUUUUUGCCUCAAAGCUGCAUACAUCUGGUCAGAUCUUCACUACCAGGAUAUCAAAGGUCGAUUAUCAGUGUUGAAGAAGAGCCAGAAAGAAGCUAGUAAUUUGAUCCGUAGGAAUGGUAAAGGAAAGCCAACAAAUAAUUAUGGAUCCGAAAACUCCAAUAACUCUGCAGAUACAGAAACUGUCAUGGGUCAAUGGACAUCUCUGUUUCUUAACAUGGAAGGUAUCUUGGCUCGUGAAAGCAAACACCUUCAGAAUAGCUUUGUAGCCAUGAAAGAUUUGAGAGAGGAUUGCAAGAUUGAUCUGGAGAGAGCGUCGAAAGCACCUCAACACAACAACAUUUAGGUAGUGAUUGUUCUUUACUGGUUUGGAUGCUGUAAGACUCUCUGUAACCUUCUUCCUUAUAUUUAAAGCAACUCAUGUAUGUAUUUAUAACUUCUAUUGUCAUCAUCUGUUGUUGCAUCAAUGUUUAGUGUUAUACUUGAUUCUUCUAGCAAAUUGUAUCUGUCCUUUGAGAAUAGGUGCCAUAUUGAUCUCUGUGUUUGCAUGUA